CUCUGGCUUUCUUUAGGUUUAUAUUUAACGUUAACUUCCAUUCUUGUCUUGCUCUCUCUCGCUUUCUUUUUUCCUUUCUCACUCUCAGCCGCCUGCCUGCCUUCCCUCUUCAUUUCCCAUCUUUAACUUCCCAUUUCCUUAUCUGGGCUAGUUAUAAUGGAAUUUCAUUUUGAGUGUUACUGAUAAUUAAAAUGAAUUGAGUUUCGUUGACAUUGUGGCAUGGCCCCUGAUCAACCAUUGAUGGAUAUCAAUCCAGACAGUGAACCACAGUAUACUACACCAGUUGAACCUGAAAAGGAAAGCAAGUGCAUCUUGGCAAACUCCAAUGGGAAGGGUUUAAGCUACAUGGAUGAUUGUGCGGAAAUCAAAACUGGGAGGGAAACUCUGUUGAAUGGAGAAAUCACAGUUCCGGAAGUCCCUGAGGAGAUGGAGAUUGAUGUAAUUAAGUGUACAUCUAUUGGUGAAACUAGAUUGGUUGAAGCUGAUGAUCCUGAUGCAACUGAGUAUUCAAGCUCAUUUGGCAACAGUGAAUCUGAUGCUGAAAGGUGCUCUGGAUUGAGUGAAGCUGAAGUGGAAUCACAGUAUUUUGAUGACAGUGGUUUGGGAUCCUCUUAUGAUUCAUUUAGUAGCAUGUUUCCAGUAAGGAAGAAGAAGUUGACAAAUCAUUGGAGGAACUUUAUACGUCCUAUUAUGUGGCGUUGCAAGUGGGUGGAGCUGAAAAUUAAGGAGAUUGAGUCUCAAGCAUUGAAAUAUGCUAGAGAACUUGCCUUAUAUGACCAGAGAAAAUUCUCAAGAAUCAACCAAGAUUCAUUAGAAGGGUUUGGGUCAAAGUCUUUGCCAUAUUCUAGUCAAUGCUACGGAAAAAAGCCCAUGAAGAGGAGGAGAAGAAAAAGAGUUGAAGACACAACAGAGUUAAUGUCAUACAUUUCACGUCAUAACCUUUUUUCCUAUCUUGAAAGCAAGAAGGCCAAUCUCGACUGCAAUUCUAUGGCAGAUGAUUUUGGCAGCGCAGCAAUUAUGGACCAUCAAGCUGAUUGCAUAGUAAAAUUUGGUGGUAAUGAUGAUCACUUAUUUUUCAAGUUUAAAGACAGUGACAACUCCUUAGACCAGGUCCUUUGGAAAAUCGAAUUAGUGCACUCUCGUGUUCACAAACUGAAGAGUCAACUUGACAAGAUCAUGUCCAAAAAUGCCUCAAAGUUCUCUUCAUCUGAGAAUUUGAGCCUUCUUGUACCCUGUGAGGCACAGACGAGCUCUGCUCCGAGUCCUACAUUUUCAGCUGGCAAUGCGGACACAACAUCAGUGGGAGCAAUAUGUAAUCUGACUCAGCAUCUUUUAGAAUAUGAUCUUGGAGAGCUUGUCAUGCAUGAAAGUGCUAUUUCAAGUUAUGCAGAGACUGUUCAUGUUCCUGAUAUAAUUGAAAGCACAGUUGGACUGUUGUCUGCCGCUGACGUUACUUUCCAUCAGCCACAGAUUGGAGAUUCGUGCGAAGAUAUUUUGGAUAACAUUCUGCUACAAACUGAUGGAGCCGAAGGAGAUUGCCACACCUUCUUAAGAACAAGCAAUCAAUCCAUUGAUAAGCAUCAUGAACCGGAGAAAGGAGAAGGAGAAGGAGAAGGAGAAAGCACCAAUCCUUCUAAGGUCCCCACCUCAGACGAUCCCGUAGCAAAAUCUGCAGCUUCUCAGGACCAAUCAACUCUAAAGUCGUGUUUAGCCUUGGAUUUCCAGUUUCCUCGGAACAAGAGAAAGAGAGGGGAACGCAAGGCUGGUCCUGGGAUUAGUUGGAACCGGAAAGGCGCCAGUGAGCCUGAUAGCCUGUGAGUUUUAUGACAUUUUUCCAUUUCCCAUCUUUAACCAUUUCACUUAGUUGAUUUAGUAAGAUGAUAUUAAUGUAGUUCAUGCUCAUGGCAACUAGAUUUUCUUGGUCUUAUUAAUGGAGAGACUGGUUGUUAGUGUAGCUCUGAUGAUCUAAUAGGGUCGUGCCUAGAGCAGGCGCAUUGAAUCAAGGUUUAGUUAGUAUUCUUAUGUCAUGGACACUGAUGACUUCUGUAAGCACAAGUUAUGUUGCUUUUGUGUCUUGUAAAGAAAUUUAUUUCUCAGCAAUUAAACUUUUCUCA